AAACGACAGCGCGCGUGUAACAUGACUCGGAGCGUCACAGGCGGAAGGUCAUGGAGCAACGGCACGGAACGGAAGCGGGAGUAAAAGCCUGUCCGCCAUUGUGGAAUAUGGUAAGGGGAUCGUUCCAGUGAGGCGUCGGGUCAGUUUCGGAGCGAGCGGCAGGACUGCGACCCGAUCCGGCAGCGUUGUGGACGGACGGGGGGUUGGUUUCUUUUUUUUUUUUCUUUUUUUGGGUACCGACGAGAAGUCGCCAUUUCUAACGGCGUAACUGUCGCUCGAGGGCUGACAACGCGGGGGUUAGACGUCGCCUGUUCGUUUCGGUUGGAGCGAUCGGACAAACCAUCCCCCCCCCCCUCCGCAACCAGACCCCCUCCCCGCCGCCGCCGCCGGGCGCUUAGAGAGGAGCGCAGAGGCCAGGAGAAACCCGCGGACAGUCGCGAACGCACGCCAGGCUUCGCUUCCCGGAGGAUGUCUGCCACCACAGUCGACCAGAGACCUAAAGGACAAGGAAACAAAGUGCAAAACGGAUCAAUGCAUCAAAAGGAAGGUACGAAUGAUGAUGACUUUGAGCCUUACUUAAGCGGCCAGACAAAUCAGAGCAACAGCUACCCACCAAUGUCUGAUCCCUAUAUGCCAAGCUACUAUGCUCCAUCCAUCGGUUUCCCCUACUCUCUGGGAGAGGCUGCUUGGUCGACAGCAGGGGACCCUCCUAUGCCCUACCUUACCACCUAUGGACAGAUGAGCAAUGGCGAACCUCAUUUCAUCCCUGACGGUGUGUUCAGCCAGCCGGGUGCCCUGGGGAACACCCCUCCCUUCCUCAGUCAGCAUGGCUUCAACUUCUUCCCUGGCAAUGCGGACUUUUCCACCUGGGGCACUAGUGUCUCUCAGGGCCAGUCCACACAGAGCUCUGUCUACAGCAACAGCUAUGGCUAUGCCCCCAGCUCCCUGGGCCGUGCCAUCACUGACGGACAAGCAGGUUUUGGGAGUGACACCCAGCUCAGUAAGGUCCCUGUGCUCAAUAGCAUUGAGCAAGGAAUGACUGGGUUGAAGCUGGGUACGGACAUGGUGGCAGCUGUCACCAAAACCGUGGGCUCCCCCCUAGGAGGCACAGCAGGUAUGAGCAGUAUGGCAGCCAACAACAUCCCCCCAUCUGUCAGCACAUCUGCACCUAAACCUGCCUCCUGGGCGGCCAUUGCAAGGAAGCCAGCCAAGCCCCAGCCCAAGGUCAAACCCAAAGUCAAUAUGGGGAUAGGGGCAGGGGCCACAAUACCCCCACCUCCCAUUAAGCACAACAUGAACAUUGGGACUUGGGACGAUAAGACCUCCCUCAACAAGCCCCCACUAGCUCAAGCCAUGAUGCCCCACCAGCCCCUGGUGCAGCAGCCUCUUUUGGCCCAGCCCCAACCACUGCUGCAGAACCCUCUGCCCCCUCAGCCGCAACACCAACACCAGCCCCAGCACCAGCACCAACACCAACCCUUCCAGCUCCACUCUCUGCAGUCCCCCCAACACCCCCAGACUCUACCCCAGGCACCUCCCCACCCCCACCUCCCUUCCCAACCCGGACCGCUGCAACCCCUUCACCCGCAACACCCCCAGCAGCCCGGCCCAGCUCCGAACCGUUGGGUGGCCCCCAGGAACCGCGGUGCUGCUUUUAACCAGUGUGGUGGCAUGGAGGGCUUCAGCCUGGGUGGAGGAGUGCCGCUGAGUGCCUCUCCUUGCUCUGGAGAGGUGCAUCCUGUGUUGGAGAAACUGCGCGCCCUCAACAACUACAACCCCAAAGACUUUGACUGGAACUUGAAAAACGGACGGGUCUUUAUUAUCAAGAGCUACUCAGAGGAUGACAUCCACCGCUCCAUCAAAUACUCCAUUUGGUGUAGCACAGAACAUGGCAACAAGCGCCUGGAUGGGGCCUACCGCUCGCUGGGAAGCAAGGGGCCCCUCUAUCUGUUGUUCAGUGUGAAUGGCAGCGGCCACUUCUGCGGCGUGGCCGAGAUGCGCUCGCCAGUGGACUACAAUGCCUAUGCAGGCGUCUGGUCUCAGGACAAGUGGAAGGGCAAGUUCGAAGUGAAGUGGGUUUUUGUCAAGGAUGUGCCCAACAACCAGCUGCGUCACAUCCGGCUAGAGAACAAUGACAACAAGCCAGUGACCAACUCUAGGGACACUCAGGAAGUGCCUCUGGAGAAGGCCAAGCAAGUGCUUAAAAUUAUCGCCACUUUCAAGCAUACCACCUCAAUCUUUGAUGACUUUGCACAUUAUGAGAAGCGCCAGGAGGAAGAGGAUGCUCUGAGGAGGGAGCGGAACAGAAAUAAACAGUAAUCUCCAAUCAAGCUCUCCACCAGAACUGCGACACCGAUAACAUAGUACCUUAAAGAAUUCGCCUAACCGCAAGGAGGGAAAGGCUCUCACAAUCGUUCGUCUGAAGAUGACAAUGUAUCUGAACACUUGAACAUGACAAAAGAUGGGCUUACCCGUAUCGGCCGACUGGUACACCCGACCGACCCCAUGUUCCUGUCUCACGAGCAAAACCCACUUUGAAAAAAAAACUCUUGUCUUUAAAGCACUUUCAGUCCCUCUAAGCAGCCUCUACCUUAACUCUCUAACUCCACCUUCUUCUUUAAUUAUAUUUGUGAUUAACUAACUGACUAACCACUGUAGUCAGACGAUUUCGCCAGGCGCACUCGCAAUCCCCCCCCCCCUUCUUCUUCUUCUUCUUCUUCUUCUUCUUCUUCCUGUUGCCUCAAAAAAUUUUGGGAUGCUUUCGGCAGACCUGAUCGGCUCCCGAAGAGAUUCGAAAGGUUGUCGCGUUCGCAGAAAUCCUCUACUCGAAUCUAUUUUCGGGCUGUCUCGGGCCUUUUCAAGUCAGAGGUUGAUUGACUGACAGAUGGGAUGAAUUAAUUGGGGAACCGGCCACACUCGACGCCAAUCAUCUGACGCAUCCACCGCCUACCCGUCCCCAUCCUUUCUGCGUCUCGUUUCUGUGCACCAAAAAAAAAGAUGACGAUUAUGCAGCGGAGCUGGCGAGCGCGAGCUAACGCACGUCUUUGUUUUUUUUUCCCCCUCUCUUGUGACGCUGUCAUUCUGAAGUGCAUUUUGUCUGGGGAGAAACCCGCUGCUCUGACGGGACCGGCGGCGGAGGCCCUCCCCGGGCCCCUUGUGGGGUGACUUGUCUUUGCGCUGAUGUUCACGUACUGUAACCGUACCGUACCUCAGGCUCAAUCAGACUGUCUGUCCACAACAACUCUGUAGCACUUUUGGGAGAACCCCACCCCACCCCACCCCACACCCCCACCCAAAAACACCCCCCCACCCCACCCCACCCACCUCCCCCUUAGCUGGGCUCGACUGGGAUUCCCCCAAAUAGCAAAACAUCAAAUUGCAAAGAUGUGACGGUUUUCUCCUCUUGGUAACUCACUAGCUAAAUAAACAUUACCCAUGUUUAG